AUGUCUCAUAUGCUGUGCACAUUUCUGCAUAGUCAAAAUGCUCAAAAAUCUUCUGACCUUGGACUUAAGGAUUGGAAGCCCGGACGACCCACCAAGACUCAUUAUUUCACUCUACCACAUGUUUACGCACAACUUUUCGGUCAUACUGUAUUGCGUGAUUUAGAUCGAGGAGAGGCGUACCAGGGCACCGUAUCUAAAAUCUUAUAA